CAUGAUGUCAUGCGCUCAAAAGUUGUUUAAAUGGCAGCUUUGGAACCUUGAUGAGAUGAAGAACGGAAAGACAAUCAACUCUGACAGCUAUAUCCAAGACAUUAAAGACGACUCUCAUCCCGGCGCAACGUUAUCCCCAAGAAUCCUUAGACACCAACCACCACAAGUAACCUAUCAAAAUGUCUGCUCAGUACAAGGCUCCUAGUGCUGGCGCCAAGGUUGAGCCCAGCGCCGACGUCCGUCCCACCCGAUCCGAAGCAACCGGUCCCGUCCCCGCCGGCUCUCUCGCAGCCGAGUCCGCAAGCCAAGGCGGCGAAUUCGCCUCCAACCGCGGCAUCGGCUCUACCGCCUCUUCCCGAACCGGCACCGGCGGUGCUCCCGGGUCUAGCGCCGCAUCGAUCCCCGAUCAGGCCGCCGCAGCGCCGACAUAUGUGAACAACCAAUACGUUCGCGACCCCAACGGACCCCACGGCAAGAAUAUCACCGAGGGUUUCGACACGGCGAACACCAAGGACGGAGUGCAGGCUGCUUUCAACGCAGAGGUCGGUAGCGAGAAUGACCCUGGCCGUGUGGCGGAGCAGGGGCUGCUAAAGAGCCAGACUAAGGCUGGGCGGGAUGCCGGCCCCCGGCAGACUGAGGUCGGAGGAGAGAUUGUGUAUGAGAAGUUGAAGAGCGAUGUUCAGGCGUAGGAUAUAUUUGGUACAGCGUAUGAUUGAUGAUAUCUGUAUGAGUACUGGUGAUUGAAAACCCAAGUAUGGGCGACGAUAAAAUACCAAAGUAUUUCCAAACUAUGU